GAGUAAAAAUGUCAUUUCGAAAAAAAAAAAAAAAACUUGAUAGCUUUUUCGUGAAUUUUAUGAACUUGUGGGGUGAAUAUGACAAAACUAAUUUUCCAAAAAAAAAAUGUUAGUUUUGUGUUUGAAUUUGAGUUUUAGGUCGUAAAAAGCCGUUUGUAUUAUAAGGGAUACAAGAGCAUUUGCAAGUACCCUUUUACUUCGUCACCAAAAAGAGUCUUUGAUCAUUUCCCCUAAAACGAAAAAAACAAGUAAGGUUCUUUUUUUUUUUUUUGAAAAAGAAAAAUUUGCAAUUAAGGUUUCUUUUUGGAGAUCAGUUUACGAAGAUGAAGAAGAGGCAAGUCGUGAUAAAACAAAGAAAAAACUCAUGCACUACGCCUUCUUCUUCGAGCAAGGUCCGUUACGUUGAGUGCCAGAAGAAUCACGCAGCUAAUAUCGGUGGCUACGCCGUUGACGGUUGCCGUGAGUUUAUGGCAAGCGGCGGCGAAGGAACCAAUGAUGCUUUGACGUGCGCUGCUUGUGGCUGUCACCGGAAUUUUCAUAGGAGGGAAGUUGAAACGGAGGUUGUUUGCGCGUAUUCUCCUCCGAACUGAAUAAACUAAUUAGUAAGAUGUUAAAAAGGAAGGAAAAACAAGAAAGGUUAUUGCUGACUUCAGUUAAAACAAAAACUACUUUGGAGUUGCUUUGUUGAGUUUUAUAUAAGAAAUGUAUUUAUAUAUAUAUCUAUACGGUUAUUGAUGUAUAUUCAAAUACUUACAUUACGCCGAUCCAUAUAAUUAAUGAUUCUUUAAUCUU